AUGCUUUGCGCAAUCUCUGGAGAGGCCCCUCAAGUUCCGGUCGUCUCUACCAAGAGCGGCAGCGUUUUCGAGAAACGUCUCAUUGAGGCGUACAUCAGUGAGCACGGAAAGGAUCCUGUGAACGGGGAGGAUCUGACAGUCGAGGAUCUCAUUGAUGUCAAAUCGCAGCGCGUUGUCCGACCCCGUCCUCCUACUCUCACUUCGAUUCCAUCUUUACUCAGCGUUUUCCAAGAGGAAUGGGACGCGCUAGCUUUAGAAACAUACACACUACAACAGACGUUGGCGCAGACUCGACGUGAGCUUAGUGCCGCUCUCUACCAGCACGACGCUGCUGUGCGAGUGAUUGCACGUCUCACGAAGGAGAGGGACGAAGCCCGUGAUGCGCUGUCACAGGUGACCGUCGGAGCCAGCAAACCCAGCGCUGGUGGGGAAGCUAUGCAGGUGGACUCGGCCGCUCUGCCUCAAGCUGUGCUAGAUGUCAUCGAAAACACACAAGCGGCUUUGUCUAAAACUCGUCGCAAGCGCCCGGUCCCCGACAAUUGGGCUACUGUCGAAUCGAUCUCCUCGUACAAACCCGCGGAAAGCUCUGGGCCUCUCUGCUCAGGAGGUCGCGCGCUCGCUGUUCACUCCGCGGGAGAGCUGGCCCUGAUCGGUGGCGCGGAUGGAGCUGUCAGUGUGUACUCUCUGUCUCAAAAAGCUGUUCUGCAUAGCUUGAAGACGGAUGGUCCAGUGACCGAUGCUACAUGGGCUGGGGAUAAGGCAGUGGUUGGAUCUACAACCGGCUCGGUCAAGGUGUUCGAGAAUGGCAAUGAAGCAGCUAGCUUCGCUGCCCAUAGUGGUGAGGUUACCGGUGUUGCUGUACAUGCCAGCGGUCACAUUGUUGCCUCUGUGGGAGUGGACAAGAGCUACGUGCUCUACGACAUGCUUUCCAAUUCUACAAUCACACAGGUUUGGAGCGACGCUGCCCUUCUGUCUGUCCAAUUCCACCCUGAUGGCCACUUGUUGGCUACCGGUACCGCCAGUGGCCAGGUUAAGAUCUUUGAUGUGCGAACUGGCAUCGCGGCCGCCGAUUUCACGAUGUCGGGUCCGGUGAAGUGCAUUUUCUUCUCCGAGAAUGGAACCUCUCUCGCCGCAGUAUCUGCACAAUCAACCACAGUCUCGAUCUGGGAUCUCCGGAGCUUCAAGGAGAUCAAGGUGUUGGAUACUGGCAACCAGGUAAAAUCGCUGCACUGGGACUACACCGGCCAGUUCCUCGCCACUGGUGGUCCAAGUGGAGUAACUGUUCAGCAAUGCAACAAGUCCGCAAAAGAGUGGUCUGAGCCGCUGCGCAGUGCUGUCCCCGCCGUCUCAGUGGCAUGGGGAUCUGCCGCUCAGAGCAUUGUGGCCCUCAAUCCAGAGGGUGCAGUCACUGUUCUUUCAGCUUGA